AUGGUUGGGUUUGCCCGCUUGUUGUUGAGUAUCCUUCCCAUUGGACUAGUUGUUACCUAUGGCUAUGAACAUCGAAUGUCGACACUGCCUGCCUUCAAUACCAUGCUCCUCAAGGUUCCGAAGCAUGGGAUACAACGAUCCUCGUUUGUGGAUAGGCAGCGUCUGAGGCCCCUGCCCUCGGUGCUUUCCGAGAGGGUCCUUGAGCGUCAUCGAGUGGAGGGAAUAAAGAGGAUACGAUGCGUCAUGAAUGGAGCGAGUGCUAAUGCCUUCGAAGAGGCACGGCAGGCGGUGCUUAGCAAUGGCUGCCGCCUGCUCAACGCCGCUCGUUCAGCGCUGGGGAUCAAACCUGAAGAGAAGGAGGAGGAUCAGCUAAAGAGUCAAGCAGAGACAAGGGAGCAGGUUGAAACGUUCUUGAGGCAGGUUGAAGACGAAGUUCGAGGGUGGGUGAAGCAGAUGCAGGGAAUGGAGGAGCACAACAUUGCGGAGCUGCGCAGUAGCCUUGACGCCCUUUACGAGGUCCUGAGCCUGGGCAGCGCAUUGCAAUGGACGAAACCUGCAAGCCCGAUGGAGAGACGGGGAACUUGGAGGGCGUUGAGGAAGAAAACAGACCCUUCCACGAAGAACCUGCUCUUUGCUAUCGAGAGGUUGAGGAGGAGGUACGACAAGGGUGUGCGGCGGUUGACCAGUGUGGCGGUCCCGCUGACAGAGGAAGAGAUCAAAGACGGUUUUGAGAAGGCGCUGGGAAAGAAGGCGAUCAAGGACAUCGAAGACAACCUGAUGUUUGUGAGCGAUACUAUGAAGCCUCUGACGUCAGAGGAGGUAGACGCAAGGCUUAUGGACUUGGACGAGAAGUGGAAGUACGGCAUGCAUGAAGCCGAGGAGCAGCUGCGCGCAGGGAUCGAGCGUGUGAGGUAUCACAUAUCUCGGAAGACAAAGAGGCGGGAGGUUGAGAAGGGAGCCGCCGCCAUACACGUGCGCGAUGGCACGAUGUAUGCGUCGGCACUGGGAGGGAUCGUAGAGGUUCCUAUCCUGGAGAACAUGGGUGUGCAGGCCUUCAUCGAUGAUAAGGACGAGAAUCACAUCUUCAUGGGCAUACAAGGAGAGGCGGAGGAGAGUCAGCACGUGGCAACACUAGGAAGUAUUCCAGCAAGCGCUACCAGGUGGUUGUCUUGCGCGAGGCAGAAGCUGUGGUGGAUGUCUCCCGACGUGGGAGACAGGAGCAUGCCGGUCCCUGCUGAGACACAGUUCCUGCUCCUCGAGCUGGGCCUUGGGAUGUACGCGGUGAUGCUGCCGAUGGUUGGCAACUCGUUCCGUUCGUCCAUCUGGGGGACGGAGGGGAGCACGCUGCAAGUGAGGAUAGAGAGUGGGGACCCAGACGUGCGAACCAAGAUCUGCCCGACCUCCGUCCUUGUCGCAGCUGGAACAGACCCGUUCCUCCUGCUCGAACGAGCCUUCGCUGCUGCAGCGGAUCGGCUGGGAACGUUUCGAAUUCGCAAGGAGAAGACUACUCCAUCUACACUGGACGUGUUUGGAUGGUGCACGUGGGAUGCGUUCUACAGCCAAGUAGAGCCCGAAGGCGUGAAGCACGGGCUGCGGGAGCUUGCCAAGGGAGGGACGCCGUCAAGGCUCUUGAUCCUCGAUGACGGCUGGCAGAGCACAGACAACGAUGAGGGGUACAGGAUCGCCGAAGGCGACGCUAGGGAGGAUGUUUCUGCAGCCGAGUUGGCCGGCGGAGGAGUGAUUGAGGGAGAGGACUGGGCCUCCCAACAGCUUACAUCCUUCAAGGACAUUCCUGCCCGACUGCUCACCUGGUGGUACACGUCGGUCGUCGAGAAGUCACCUUACAACUCGAUGCCGGUCAAGAUCUGGAAGUGGCUGACGUUCAACGUCAUCCGCAACGAUCUGCUCAAGUAUUUUGCGGAGGCGACCGACUGGUCCAAGAGGCUGACGAGCAUCAACCCCAACUCCAAGUUCGUGCAGCUGGGGCAUCUGGUCCGCGAGCUCAAGAGCGACUUCGGACUUCAGUACACCUUUUGCUGGCAUGCCCUCACUGGCUACUGGCUAGGCGUCGACCCUAACGCCCCCGGCAUGGAGAGGUUUCAGCCCACCAUCCAGUACCCCUGCAUUGACCCGCACUUUGACUACACCCCUGGCAUGCUCAGUACCGAGCCGACCAUGGCCUGGAAUCCUUCGUCCUUCGUAGGUGUCGGCAUCGUACCGCCCAUGCACAUCCGCGACUUCUACGGGGAGCUGCAUAAGAGCUUGCAUGACGCCGGAGUGGACGGGGUCAAGUGCGACGCUCAGGCCGCCAUCACCAUGCUGGGAGCCGGGUACGGGGGAGGCCCGAAGAUCACUCGAGCCUACGUGCAUGCGAUGGAGCAGAGCGUGAAGGAGCAUCUGUCCGGAAACUGCAUCAACUGCAUGUGUCACCCGACGGAGAACCUCUACUCCUUCAAGGACACGGCGAUCGCCCGCGCCUCGGACGACUUCUAUCCCCGUGAACCAGCCUCACACACUGUCCACGUCUACAACGUGGUCUACAACACUCUCUUCCUUGGAGAGAUCGUACACCCGGACUGGGACAUGUUCCAGAGUGAACAUCCCGCUGCUGAGCUGCACGCGGCCGCGCGAUCGGUCGGAGGAUGCGCCGUGUACACUUCCGAUCGCCCGACCGUCCACAACUUCGACCUCCUCCGGCAGCUGGUCCUGCCUGACGGCAGCGUCCUGCGUGCUCAGCUACCUGGGCGCCCAACACGCGACUGCCUCUUCACCGACGUGUGCAAGGACGGGGUGUCAGCGCUGAAAGUCUGGAACCACAACCAGGUCGGGGGAGUGCUGGGCAUCUUCAACCUGCAGGGGGCGUACUGGGACAGGACAGUCCGGAACUUCGUCAUGCCGGAUCAUCGGCCUCCCGACGUGGUUGCGCAUGUCAGCCCACAGGAUGUCGAGAGGCUCCCGUCGGAGGUGGGAAGGUACGCUGUGUGGAGCCACAAGCGAGAGAAGCUCUUCCUGAUGGACUACAAAUCCAAGAUGGAUAUCAAGUUGAAGCCUCAGGAGUCGGACGUCCUUACCGUCGCUCCGAUCCAGAAGCUGCAAGGGGUGAAGGACGACAAGGGGGAUGAUGCUCUCUGGGCUCCAGUGGGGCUCAAGAAGAUGUUCAACGGAGGAGGCGCGUUGCUUUCUCAUAGGGUUUGUGGUAGGGAAGACCACCCUAUCUUGCAGGACUUUCUCAACAGCGUGAUUGAUCCUGCUGCGAUGAGCGGGGGCAUGUGGAAUGUGAACCGACGGUGGAAGCUCGCCUCAGCUCCCUUCAGCUCCAAGUUCCAGUCCAACAUCGAGGUGGACGACGAGGUCGAGAGGUUCGUCGCUGACCCGGACGAGGAAUGGCUGUGGCACCUGAACCAGCUCACCGCGUCGCCUCUUCCAUCCUUGUCAGAGAAGGAGAACACGAUGCGAGCUCAUCUCACGGUCAAGGGCCAGGGUUCUCUCCUCUUCUACUCCUCCGCCAGGCCCAGGAAACUCUGCGCGAAGCCCCUGCAGGCGAGCAGCGCGGCCUGCGAGGCCAGUGCGGAAGGGAAGAAGCCGCUGGCGACGGUGUCAGAGAUCGCGGGGAUACGGGGGGAUCGCGCGUGGGAGGAGUGGGACUUUGAAUACAAGGAUGGCGAGCUGACGGUGGAGCUGCCGGAGAUGUCAUCGGAGUUCGGCAGUGGAAGAUGGGAGCUCUGCUUCCUCUGGGAGAAAUCUUGAGCCGUACGUUAAAUCUGGGGAGCAAAAUGCUGCGAAAAGUGGCCCCGUUGUUGGCCGCUUGCUCGUCAUAGAGCAGUUUUCAUGCAGGACUGGCGACGAGGGUCUGAUGUAAGAUGAGAGGUUGUUUUUCCUUGUGUUUUUAGUUGCUGUGAGUUAUUCUUUCAAUGUCAAGUGGCUUUUUUCGCUGUCACGCCAUGAUUAAUUUAACGUGAAAUGAUAGAAAUCGAUG